AGCUGCUGAGUUCAGUAGCUGGUGAAGUACCACGCUAACUAGUCGUAUUUGCCUGUUUAAUUAUACAACCCCCCGCGAGCCCGGCUGGACUCGUAUCUGCUAUUAAAAUUGUAGAGUGCGAGUAGCUGCGAAUAGUGCUUCAACUGUUUGCUCAUAUACUUCAGGGACCACUUAUACAAUGCUGUUGAAAAUCAGUCGUAAGAAGCUGAUCCUGCUGAUGGUGGGUACCAUCGUGGGGGUAACCGUGUUUACACUGGCCGCUGUCUAUGUGCUGCACGAGGAAGAGGUGGAGGACGUUCUGGACAUCGAUGACGAUGAAGAUGAAGGCGGAAGUAAACGGGUUGGAGCGGUUGCUUCCAAUGCAUACGAGUGCGCUGAGAUUGGGGCGGAUAUUCUGCGGGCGAACGGCUCGGCAGCUGAUGCCGCUAUCGCGAUGAUGAUCUGCGAGGAGAUAGCCUGCCCGGAGAGUGCAGGGAUUGGUGGCGGAUUUCUGCUCACGCUGUAUGAGCGUGAAACUGGGAAGGUGCUGGUGAUGGAUGCUCGAGAGAUUGCCGCACGGGCUUCUAGGGAAGAUAUGUUUGUAAAUUUCAAGAAUGGGACAGCUCACGGGGCGUUGGCUAUAGCGACACCUGGUGCGCUGAAGGGCUACUGGGUGCUACAUGAGAAGUUCGGAAAACUACCUUGGAGGAAAUUGAUCGAGCCGUCGAUAGAGCUUUGCUACAGAGGACACAUUGUGAAUCCGUACAUGGAAGAUGCCAUGCUGGACAUUCGUAAGGAGAUAUUGGAAACACCAUCCUUGCGUGAGAUUUUUGUAAAUCCGGAAACGGGGGAUGUGUGGAGAGACGGCGACCGUAUUUAUAGACCCGACUUUGCAGAAACUCUCAAAGUGAUAGCUGACGAGGGAUCAAAUGCGUUGUACUCUCGAAACGGAUCACUUCUACCAAAACUUAUGCAGGACUUGAAGGAAUUCGGGAGCAUUCUAACGGAAGAAGACUUCUACAGAUAUGAACCCCGAUGGUUUACUCCCGUAUCGACCAAGGUGCGAGGAGACAACACCGUCUACAGUGCCGCACUUCCGGGUGGAGGCACCAUCCUGGUGCACAUGCUGAACGUCCUCAAUGGAUACCCAAAUCUGAAUCCAAACGAUCCGGUAACGUGGCAACGGGUCGUGGAAACGUUCAAGCACGCCUACGGAGUUCGUACCCGCUUGGGCGAUCCCUCGUUCGUCCCGGGAAUCGAAGAGCUGCUCCGCAACCUUACCGACCAAGGCUACGCUGACAACAUCCGGGAUAAAAUCAAGGACGACCGAACGUUCUACGACUACGACUACUACGGAGCAGAUUUCUCGCCAUCGGAAGACCACGGGACGGCUCACGUUUCGGUGUUGGCGCCAAAUGGCGAUGCCAUAGCCGUCACCAGUACGAUCAACGAUUACUUUGGUGCCCAACUGCGAUCCCCACGCACGGGGAUCAUCCUCAACGGAGAGAUGGACGAUUUUUCCGUCCCCGGAGUUAUCAACAUCUUCGGAGUCCCCGCAUCACCGGCAAAUUUCAUUGCUCCAGGAAAGCGUCCCCUUUCGUCCAUGUCCCCCACCAUUGUGGUGGACGGUAAAGGAAACGUCCGGCUGAUCGCAGGAGGUGCUGGAGGAACGAGAAUCACCACGGCAACGCUCCAAAUUAUUCUACGCAAAAUGUUCUUCGGACAGAGUUUGGAGUCGGCGAUGGAUGGCUUCAGAAUACACCACCAGCUGGCGCCGAUGGAGGUGGAAUACGAGGAUGACGUAGACGAGACAGUACUGGAACAGCUGCGGGCGCGAGGACACUCACUGAAAAAGGUUAAACGAGUCGCUACCAUGACGGCGGUGGCUAGGGAGGACGACAGCCGGGUGACGGCUGCUUUCGAUCCAAGGAGGCCGGGCAGUGUUGCGAUAGUUGAGCUGUAGGAGGGGGUGCUGAUUGAUAACAGCAGCGUUAAUGUGAUAUUUGUUUUAUCUCAGAAUGUAGGGUAAUUAAGGUAGGAUGAUAAUAAAGUGCCACCGAUAGAUUAAACGGAAGAAUUAGAGCGGUAUGUAUUAU